AUGACAUCCCCCGAGCCGUCAAGUCUCGGCGCCGCGAUCGAGGUCCAGGUAAACUGUAGUAAUGACAACAGAGGAUGGACGUCUUGCGCGAGACCAACAAUUCGACUGCCGCGAACGAUGAUGUUUAGUGUGUCGUCCAUGGAAUGGGCAUCGCACCGGCGAUAGCGUAAACAGUGGUAGGUGUUUAGUGGGGUCGGGGGUGUGGCGUUUACGAGAUGAGCGUGUUCGUAGAAUUGGGGGUUGAGAGUUCGCUUUAGGAGUGUUCAGGACAGUGUGAGCUGGCGUCUAUCUGUCUACGUUGAGUAGGUCGGGUUGUGAAAUUAGCUAAUUGCACACCCUCUAUCACCUUUACUCCACCCUUGCGUUUUCUACCGAUUAUGUUAACCCCUGUCACUAGGGACGCAGAUACUGGGUGUUGGUAUUUCGCUCGUUUAUGAGUGUGUAGAAGGACGCCAGGUUGGACGACAGGGAGAGUUGGCUUUCGGAGUGUAGUCUCUGUCCGAACGUAGGUGGAGCCGUUCAUGCUGCCAAACUGUUGAUGAUCGGAAGGUGAACGGGUAGAUGACGUGUCAUUUAUAGUACCAUUUGCUGGUAGAUUUGGGAGUACUCGUUCGCCUGGGAAGCAAUCGAUGCUGAAAGUCGGAUACUUUUGUUUGGUGUUAAUUAAGUUCUACGUCGUUCUAUUUUAAGGCAUGUAAAUGUUUUGUAAGGAGCUUACCUAAAGGCCUUAAAUUUUCCAGCGAAAAAAUGACGGAAGAGUAGAUUUGCAGGAAUGUUUCGGUAGAUAUCAAAUAUGUAGUGUCCGAUACCAGACUGAAAAGAGUGAAUAUGGCUGUGAGAGCUUAAGAAUGUCUUAAAAAAACUAGUCCUCUAUUCCCGACCAUUGGAAAUUUCGGAACGCCUGUAAACUCUCCCAAUCCAAUCAUGAAAUUUUGAAGGCGAACAGGGAGCCUAACGCAGUUGCUGUGAUUUUAACAACUUACAAGAUUUAAAGGGAAUUUAAUGCGGCUGCACCAUGAGACUUUCUCAAACUACUUGUAGCAUCAGAUAAUGUAGACAUCUUUAACACGAUAAUAUUCACAAAAUAACCACUCUAAGCAAAUCGUCAUCUACGUGCGACACAGAAUAGCAUAGAUGGCUAAGGUACUGGCAGCUAUUUGAAGUUGGUAUUGCCAGAAAGAGGUUCGGUCCCAGCAUGAAGCGUUUUGGAACUUCACUCUUCGUCACUGUACCCGUCGGUUGCUGUUGCUCCGCGCAGAUAGCUUGGGAACGGCCGCUGAGGAAUUUCUCGAUCCAUUUAAGAAGCUUGCCGCCGAUGCCCAUCACUCGCUGGUGUGAAACACUGUCGAACGUCUUCCGGAAAUUGCUGUAGGCUUCAUGCACAGCGUCUUUUGCAUGGAGUGCUCAUGUCCAGUUUUGUAUUGUGUGAAUCACGUUUGUUACACACGAUCCUCCCCUACGUAAGCCGCAUUGUGCAUUGAACAAGAGGUUGUUGGUUUAAAAAUAAGACAUCAAAUCCCCUUUGAUGAUUUUUUCCAUGUCUUUGCGGCAGAAAGAUGGCAGAGUGACGGCCCUGUAUUUCGUCGCAAGAACACGACUACCGCUUUUGUACAGAGGCAUAAUGUGGACCAUCUUCCAGUCUGCAGGAAGGAUUCCAGCAUCAAACGAUGAUUGGCACAAAAGAGGGAGUGGUUUGGUCAACUUGCGGGAAAGUACAGAGAGCUGUUUUGCAGGGAUUUCGUCCGGGCCGAGAGAUUUACAUUCCUCCAAGCUAUUCUACUUCUUAGAAGGUCGCGUCUUCGCAAAACACAGUAACUUUAAUAAUCGAAUCUUACAUGAUCUCAGCAAUGGGAGGAAUGUGAACUGAUACCCUAGUGAAAAUUACGUUGGAAGAACUGAGAAAAAUGCUCAGAUUUAUUUGUGCAUUCUGAUAUUUCCGUAGAGGGUGUAACUGCGGGAAGCUAGUUAUACAUGAGUCGAGGUCGGAACAGAAGUCACAAGUGACGAGUCUCCUUGUGCUGGCUGAUCAGGCGACGGACUUCAGCGUCAUUGGGUCGGUCGACCAAGAUAACAAGCCUGUGCAAUGUGUUAUAGAAGACGUGGCUUGGACAAGCUAGUUCGAUCGACCUGCAUAGUCAGUGGUUCAAUACCAACAUGACUCAUGGCCUCCCUAAAGCAUUACGGUUAGUUGAAAGGGAAGUUGGGUUAGACAUGACAUCCCCCGAGCCGUCAAGUCUCGGCGCCGCGAUCGAGGCUUGGGUAAACUAUAGUAAUGACAACAGGGGAUGGACGUCUUACGCGAGACCAACAAUUCCACUGUCACGAACAAUGAUGUUUAGUGUGUCGCCCACGGAAUGGGCAUCGCACCGGCGAUAGCGUAAACAGUACGUAAGUGUUUGGUGGGGUCGGGGGUGUGGCGUUUACGAGAUGAGCGUGUUCGUAGAAUUGGGGGUUGAGAGUUCGCUUUAGGAGUGUUCAGGAGAGUGUGAGUUGGCGUCGAUCUGUCUACGUUGAGUGGGUCGGGUUGUGAAAUUAGCUAAUUACACACCCUCUAUCACCUUCACUCCACCCUUGCGUUUUCUACCGAUUAUGUUAACCCCUGUCUCGAGCGACGCAGAUACUGGGUGGCGGUAUUUCGCUUGUUUAUGAGUGUGUAAAAGGACGCCAGAUUGGACGACAAGGAGAGUUGGCUUGCGGGGUGAAAUCUCUGUCCGGACGUAGGUGGGGCCGUUCAUGUUGCCAAACUGUUGAUGAUCGGAAGGUGAACGGUUAGAUAACGUGUCAUUUACAGCACCAUUUGCUGGUAGAUUUGGAAGUACUCGUUCGCCUGGGAAGCAGUCGAUGCUGAUAGUCGCAUACUUUUGUUUGGUGUUAAUUAAGUUCUGCGUCGUUGUCUUUCAAGGCAUGUAAAUAUUUUGUAGAGAGCUUACGUAUAGGCCUUAAAUGUUGCAGCUGAAAAAAUGACGGGAGAGUAUAUUUUAAGGAAUGUUUCGGCAGAUAUCAGAUAAGUAGUGUCUGAUACCAGACUGAAAAGUGUGAAUAUAGCUGUGAGAGCUUAAGAAUGUCUUAAAUAACUAGUCCUGCAUUUAUGACUAUUGGAAAUUUCCGGACGACUGUAAUCUUCUUCCUCAUUGUGUUUGUCGGCCAAGACGACAACCAUGCGCAAUGUGUUUUAUAAGGCGUCGCCCUAAGAUUUUUGCUCUUUUGACCGGCAUAUUCAGUGCUCCAGUACCUACACGACUCUGAACCUCCACUUAGCAUUACGUUUGGUUGUACGGGGAGAUGUGUUAGACAUGACAUUCCCCUAUCCCCCAUGUCUGGGCGCUGCGAUCCCGAUCCAUUUAAAUGGUAGUUAAUUCAACAAAUGAUGGAUAUCUUGCCGAGAGGCCAACAGUUCAGUCGUCACGAACGAUUAUUUCCAACUUAUCUCCCGCUGACUGAGCACCGCACCGGAGUCGUUAACGUGAAUUUUUUCAUAAUGAAGCAGACCCGACGCAUGAUCUGCACAAUUUGCCCCUCGCUCUUCAACCUUGUUCCGAUGGCCCAAAUACCAACUCGCAACCCUCAUUUGUGCUGGCUGUCACAGGAUAAACGUCCCAAAUCGCAAUCCUGCACAUUUUUAUUGGACUUUCGUGUCCCUGAUGGUAAGAUUCCGGAAUUUUGGAGACACGUUCGUCCCACUGUGCCUUGGGGUCCAAUCUGGGGCCUUAAUUGGCAGCCUCACAUUGGCUAUUUGCAUAGGUGGAAAGAGAUAACCGAAAAGGACAUGGCAGAUUAGAGUGGCCAUUUCUGACUUACUGGUUGACAUCAGCCAGCCAUACUCAAACCCAGAUUCUGCAACCCGGAGAUUCGAACGCGCGAUCUGUUGGUUAGAGUUCCAAUGCCUCGGGGGUUGCAAAACCUGGAGUUUGGUAUGGUUGAAGGAAGACGAUUAAUAGACCGUAAAUGGCCGCCAUUUCUGCCUCAGACGUUAAAUAUCCCAGCGAACAUUCCUUCUUAGGCGGUUUCGCGCAUAGACUAUUAUACAAGUUAAGCUGACGUAGUACCGUUGGGGGCAACAUCUGGGUUCAGGGAAAAAAAGUCCACAGUAAUUAGAUCAUUCAGAAUGACUACGAUAUGUACACCAAACCCCCGUGGCUGCAAUGUAUUAGCGUCGAAGAAAACUGAAGAAAAGCCUUCAUCGAUGCAUCUAUGUUUAAUUCGUUUGAACCAAACCACUUUUGAGUAAACUUAAACCGCCGGAUAGGGAUUGUGAGGCCGGUAAGACGAGCUCGCGGAUUUAAGGUAAUCAGCGAAAUAAAACAAGUCACACUUACUUUGAGUGUUGCGGGGUGGCGCAAAUUCUGCAGGGGCAGAACGCUUUUAAAUUUGCACAAAUUCAAACUGCUGAGCCCUUAACUUCUGGUCAGGGUCGCUGGGGUGACGGCAUCGGCUGUAGGAACUUCCAUAUUCAAUAAAUCUCGACUGGCUAGGAGUUCUAAUUGAAGCCUGAGCCGCUUUUCUGCCGGGUUGUAAACCACUUAUGCGCAUUGGAGAUUGUAAACAAAUUCGUUAAGUUCGCUUUACCCGAAGAUGUAGUAGGUAAACCCGUGAACAAAUCAUACUCUUGGCCUAAAAAACGCUCGACAACAAAACAGAACGCGGAUUCCAAUCUCAAGUCCUGCAAAACUGCGUUAUGUAGGACUGACCUGCGACGACUAAUAAGCCAGAAAUAGUCAUCCAAGACUCGGCCUUGUCUAUGUCUGUGAUCAUCUCUGUAUACAUUGAUGGUUAAUAUGCGACAGACUUCGUGGAAUCUGGACUGAUCUUUAAAAGCACAACCAGACAAAAUAUGUCCCCUAACCCGAUAUCUGAACUCCUUCCAUCAGUAUUAACUAUCUCUGAUCGUAUCCGACAACACAAGGACCCUGUGGCUGAAUGGUAGAAUGUUGGGUUCAACAAAGUUUCAUAAUGAAAGAGUGCGGCUUCUAAUUGCCUUUUGCACGGCAACUUUUUGCGGAGGCAAAUCUGCAAAUUGGCGUCUUAAGUAAGACUGGCAGGCGAGGGUUAAUAAAGCACAAAUGGAAAUCCUAAUCUUCCUUGUAAAUGUCGUUCUCCUGCUUCAGUAUUUCCUUCGCACUGACGAUUGGCCCCGAGUCCUCCUUUAUGUGAUUCAUUUCAGUUCAGAAUGGCAUCACCGACAAAGGCAAGGGAGACGGGAAUGUCCAUUUCUGGUUUAUUAGUCAGCACGUCAUACCCAACCCCGAAGUGUGGAACACCAGAGGCUCGAACUCGCGACCUGUUAGUUAGAAGUCCACGCCUCUAACCACUGAGCCACGAGCCCGUUGUCCUGUCGGUUUUCGAUCGGGAAUAUACAAUGGUAGGGGGCGCUCACCAAUCGUUCUUACGGAACUCACUCGAUCCUUUGCGCCUUACGGGCUUUCUCUCGAACCCAACCAGCAGCCUCGGGUGUUCCACACUUCGUGGUUGGGUAUGGCUGGCUGACGACGGCUAAUAAGCCAGAAAUGGCCAUUCCAGUCUCCCUUGUCUUUGUCGGUAAUACCAUUCUGCCUAUAUAUCAUGCGCCGCUGUGCGGCUGCUGGUUGGGCUCGAGAGAGAGUCCAUAAGGCACAACGGAACGAGUGAGUUCUGUAUGAACGAUCGGUGAGCGCCCCCUAACAUUGUAUAUUCCCGAUCGAAAACCGACAAGGCAACGGGCUCGUGGCCCGGUGAGUAGAGGCGUUGACUUCUAAACCAACAGGUCGCGAGUUCGAGGCUCGGGUGUCCACACUUCGGGCUUGCGUAUGGCUGGCUGACGACGGCUAAUAAGCCAGAAAUGGCCAUUCAAGUCUCCCUUGUCUUUAGGAGCGAAGUGUGGGCGCAAGCCUUUAAACUCCCCAUAUGCUCGGAUUACAAAUAACAGUCAAUAAACAUGGAGAGAUGAAAUUAAAGGAAGCUUGAUGAUGUACAUACGUGCGUUUCCACCAGAAUUUUAGUUUCUCCUGAUGAAUUUUUGUCAGAACGGUGCGUGUAAGAGAUAUGAAACGGCGGGGUUUAGUAUAAUCAUGUGACGCUCGAGGUUCUUCUUGUACACUUACACCUGGUGAUACUACGAUGUCCAAUUAUCGGAAAUGCUCACCAAACGCGUUACGAGAUGCACUCGUCCCUUGGUGCCUUGGGAUUCAAUUUCGAGUCCCGCCAGCAGCCAUACAGCGGCGCAGAAAAACACUAACGAUAAAAACAAGGGAGACUGGAGCGGCCAUUUCUGGCUUUCUAGCUGUCAUCAGCCGGCUAUUAUCGACCCCAGGUCUUGCAACUCCUGAGUUUCGACCCCAGGACCUGUUAGCUAGAAGUUCAACGCCCUACCGACAGGACAACGAGUCAGUGGUUCAGUGGUUGGAGCAUCGGACUCCCGACAAGCAGGUCUUGGGAUCCAGACUAGGGGGUUUCAAGAUCUUGGGUUGGUAGCGGCUGGUUCAUGACGGCUAGUAGGCCAGGAUGGCCAUUCCGGUCUCCUCUGUCUUUGUCGGUAACGUUAUUCUGUCUAUAUUUCAAUGUCUCUCGGCAGAGCGUUCCCCGCAUUAAAUUUCAUGGUUUUAAUAGAUGAUUUCGGUUUUCGGACUGCUCUGCCUUGACGAAGCACUUCAGCGAAGAUGUGGUCAGGACAACUUUUGCCCAUAUUUUUGAAUUUCGGGAGCCAUUUGACCCGUAUUUCAAAGAAAAUAGUGCAAAUGGAUAACCUACUUGCAAAUAAAGUCUGUGGCCUACCCCGUUCGUUUGAUUCUUAAUCAAUACUUUCGCGAAAUUUACCAGCCUUUAGACACCACGAAAGAAGAUCUUGACUUCGCUUAGGAGAACCGACAUUACAGGUGUACGUGUGGUACAAAAAGCUUUUCGAUGGAUAAAUGUCCAAGCAAAGCCCACAGAAUGCGCCGGAUGUAAUGAAACACUGGUCGAAUUCUGCUAAAUAAUAGCCUAUAGUAUCAAUUAUAGUGUAAAAUAAUGUCAAGUUUCUCCAUGCGGAAUGUGUACUUACCAACCUUGACACACAAAGGAGACGGUAAGCCUGGUCUCAGAGAUAAACGCCAAUCCGGCAAAUCUCAGGGACAUCAGAGCGGACACCCAGACUGACCGGUGUUUUAUGAAAUCUAAAAAUCUCAUCUCGGCAGAAGGCAUCCUGUCGACAUUCUUCAUAAGUCCUGUGUCUCUCUAUGGGGCGAUCUGGACGACUGAUUGCCUCAAGUUCAUGAUCGAAGGCUACUUAAAAACUGUAACCUCAGAAAGUCAGAUCGACUAACGUAUAAAAGCCUAGCGUCUGACAUAGACAGGCAUCGACGGUCUACCUCGAUACCUGUCUGAAGCUCCACUUUCAUACACCAGCAAGUAGGGUGCGGUGGAAUUUGUGACCGAAUGUGGGCAAGCCUUCGGGGUCCCAGCAUCCUAUUGGGCUACUGCAACAGAGACGUACCAUAGCGGCUCGUCCUAAUCUGCUGUUCGAUCGGAAUAAGCACUCGUCAAAGUUUGAUGACAAUGUCACGGCUGCUUUUGCCGUUGACUCUGGAAAAUGUUUAAUCCAAUUCACCAUGGCGGUGGAAACAGACAAUCGGCCGCCCUUUUUUGACAUCCUUUUACUUCAGAGUGUAAUCAUAGAGUUACAGGCCAAUGGUUUGACCAUCGGUGACGGACAGGUUUCCAACUGUCUCACGUAGUAGAUGCGGCAGUAAAUUGUACGCGAAUAAGAUUAUAGCGAUGCAGAUUCACCUAAUGCUUCUCACGCCCAUCUAGUUAUGACAGAAUGACAAGGCCAUGCUUACAGGGGAGGGGGGGGGCAUGAACGCAGAGACUGUCAUGCGCAAUCAGCCCGUUGACGCGUCACAGGCGACCUGGUGAUUAUCUUUACUCUAGCCAGGUUUCACUCAGUUUUCACUACCUCACGUGAAUGAAGAUGCCAUAAAGGCCGCGUUACGAAGAAGAAGAAGAAGAAGAAAAAAAGAAGGUGAUGAUGAUGAUGACGACGACGACGACGACGAUGAUGAUGAUGAUGAUGAUGAUGAUGAUGAUGAUGAUGAUGAUGAUGAUGAUGAUGAUGAUGAUGAUGAUGAUGAUGAUGAUGAUGAUGAUGAUGAUGAUGAUGAUGAUGAUGAUGAUGAUGAUGAUGAUGAUGAUGAUGAUGAUGAUGAUGAAUAA